UCGGGCCCGAGCGGAUCGCGGCUCGGGCUGCGGGUUUGGGCUGCGGGCGGAGGGCGAGCCGGGCGCGGAGUCUGGGGACGGAGCCCAGGCCGUGCCGCGCGGCGCCAUGAAGGGCAAGGAGGAGAAAGAGGGCGGCGCGCGGCUGGGCGCAGCUGGCGGAAGCCCGGAGAAGAGUCCGAGCGCGCAGGAGCUCAAGGAGCAGGGCAACCGGCUCUUCGUGGGCCGCAAAUACUCGGAGGCAGCGGCCUGCUACGGACGCGCCAUCACUCGGAAUCCCCUGGUGGCAGUGUAUUACACCAACCGUGCACUGUGCUACCUGAAGAUGCAGCAGCAUGAACAGGCCCUGGCUGACUGCCGGCGGGCCCUGGAGCUGGAUGGGCAGUCUGUGAAGGCACACUUUUUCCUGGGGCAAUGCCAGUUGGAGAUGGAGAGCUAUGAUGAGGCGAUUGCCAACCUACAGCGAGCCUACAAUCUAGCUAAGGAGCAGCGGCUCAACUUUGGGGAUGACAUCCCCAGUGCUUUGCGCAUCGCCAAGAAGAAGCGUUGGAAUAGCAUCGAGGAGCGGCGCAUCCACCAGGAGAAUGAGCUGCAUUCCUACCUCACACGACUCAUUGUGGCCGAGCGUGAGAGGGAGCUGGAAGAAUGUCAGCAGAACCAUGAGGGUGAUGAGGACGAUGGCCACAUCCGGGCCCAGCAGGCCUGCAUCGAGGCCAAGCACGACAAGUACUUAGCAGAUAUGGAUGAGCUCUUCUCCCAGGUGGAUGAGAAGAGAAAGAAGCGAGACAUCCCUGACUAUCUGUGUGGCAAAAUCAGCUUUGAGCUGAUGCGGGAGCCGUGCAUCACACCUAGUGGCAUCACCUAUGACCGUAAGGACAUUGAGGAGCACCUGCAGCGUGUGGGCCACUUUGACCCUGUGACCCGGAGCCCUCUGACCCAGGAACAGCUCAUCCCCAACCUGGCCAUGAAAGAGGUCAUCGAUGCAUUCAUCUCUGAGAAUGGCUGGGUGGAGGACUACUGAGGCAAAGCAAGUGGGAGGGC